AUGGCCGCCAAGCAGGCAAUUCAAGUCGGCACAAAAAUCGUAAAACCAGUGCUAUCCACAAAUCAUGCUGAAGCAAGAUUGAGAGUAUUAAGCUUAUACAAGGCUUGGUAUCGUCAAAUCCCUUACAUUGUGAAGGAAUUUGACAUCCCAAAGUCAGAAAACCAGUGCCGUGAAAAACUGAAGGAGCUCUUUAUGACAAACAAGGAUGUGACUGAUAUCAGAGUUAUUGAUUUACUUGUCAUCAAGGGUCAAAUGGAAUUACAAGAAUCGGUAAACAUGUGGAAGCAGAAAGGACACAUCAUGGCAUAUUUCAAGCCAACUGAAGAGCCAAAGCCGAAAGGCUUCCUUUCGAAAUUCUUCAAUUCAAAUGAAUAA